GUGUGCAUGGUCCCCUUUCUCGGGUUGCUCUUGCUGUUGGCAUGCUGUUGGGGUUCUCUGGGACAUUGUAAAGCUCUCUGGAUCACAGGCAAACCUGUUUUUACAGUACUUUGCUGCCCACCAGAGAAGCAUUGUUCUCCAGCAAUGAAUUCCUCAACUCACCUGCCUUUCUUGGUCCUCAACCUGAAUGCCACAGAGGGCAACCAUUCUGGACUAAGUGGCAAGAAUAGGUCUUCGCCAUGUGAAGGCAUGGGCAUCGCGGUGGAGGUGUUCCUGACCCUGGGGCUCAUCAGCCUGCUGGAGAACAUCUUGGUCAUCGGUGCGAUUGCGAAGAACAAGAAUUUGCACUCUCCCAUGUACUUCUUUGUGUGCAGCCUGGCAGUGGCCGACAUGCUGGUGAGCAUGUCCAACGCCUGGGAGACCAUCACCAUCUACUUAAUCAGCAACAAGCACCUGGUGAUCGAGGAUGCCUUUGUGCGACAGAUCGACAACGUGUUUGAUUCCAUGAUCUGCAUCUCCGUGGUGGCCUCCAUGUGCAGCUUGCUGGCCAUCGCGGUGGACAGAUACGUCACCAUCUUCUACGCCCUGCGCUAUCACCACAUCAUGACGGCGAAGCGCUCGGGGCUGAUCAUUGCGUGCAUCUGGAUCUUUUGCACGGGCUGCGGCAUCGUAUUCAUCAUCUACUACGAGUCCACGUACGUCAUCAUUUGCCUCAUCUCCAUGUUCUUCACCAUGCUGUUCCUCAUGGUGUCCCUGUACAUCCACAUGUUCCUCCUGGCGCGGACCCAUGUCAAGCGGAUAGCGGCUGCACCCGGCUUCGGUUCCGUGCGCCAGAGGACCAGCAUGAAGGGCGCCAUCACCCUCACCAUGCUGCUGGGUGUUUUCAUCGUGUGCUGGGCUCCUUUCUUCCUUCAUCUCAUCUUAAUGAUUUCGUGCCCCCAGAACCUCUACUGCUCGUGCUUCAUGUCUCACUUCAACAUGUACCUCAUUCUCAUCAUGUGUAACUCUGUGAUUGACCCGCUGAUAUACGCCUUCCGCAGCCAGGAGAUGCGCAAGACCUUUAAAGAGAUUAUUUGUUGCCAUGGCUUCAGAGUAACCUGUAGGUUUCCUGGAAGAUAUUAACUAGACACAAAAUUCUUUCUCCGUGGCUCUCCUCUGGCUUCUUUUCCUACUGACAAGGUCAGUCGGUCACAGCUAGCAGAUGAGCAGCAACCCUUGGAAUCCGAAGUGUGCGUUGCCUCGAUCCCUGAGCCUGCUCAAACCUG